AUGGGUUAUAAGGAUGAUGUUCUCUUUCUUUCAAAGAAAUCUGGUGCUCUUAAAUUUGGUACAUUUUUUUUAAAAUCUGGUCGAAAAAGUCCAUAUUUUUUUAAUAGUAGUUUUAUGAAUAGUUCUGUUCUUCUUAAAUCACUAGCAAUUGCUUUUUCCCAUGUUAUUUUAGAUUUAAAUAUUGAAUUUGAUAUUAUUUUUGGACUUGCGUAUAAAGGAAUUCCUUUAGGUGCAAUUACAACUUUAAAACUUUGUGAACUGGAUAAAACUAAAGAGAAUAUUGAAUUUGUAUACCAUAGAAAAGAGAAAAAAGAUCAUGGAGAAGGAGGCAAUAUUGUUGGAACAUCAAUGAAAGGAAAGAAGGUAUUGAUUUUGGACGAUGUAAUUACAGCUGGUACAGCAAUUCGAGAGGCGAUAAGUAUUGUUGAAAAAGAGGGAGGAAAAUUAGUUGGAAUCGUAGAAAUAUUAGAUCGUCAAGAAAAAGGAAAUGAUGGUGAAGUAAGUGUAGUUGAGAUGAUGCGUCAAGAAUAUCAAAUCCCAGUAAAAGCAAUUAUUACUUUCAAAGAUAUUAUAGAUUAUUCUAAAAAAGAACUAAAUGAAGAAAAAUUGAAAUUAAUACAAGAAUAUCGCGAUAAGUAUGUAAUAGAAAGUGCUCUCUAG